GGCAUUGUGGGAGGGGCGCGCGUUUCGGCGGGUUCCGUUAAAAUGGCGCCCUUCUUGCCGGCGCUGCCCGCGGGGCCUUAGCCGGUGGGGGAGCCUGGAGCCCGCGGGGCCGGCGCGGGCAGCUCCGGGCGAGGAUGGCGACCCCGGACCAGAAGUCGCCCAACGUCCUGCUGCAGAGCCUGUGCUGCCGGAUCCUGGGCAGGAGCGAAGCCGAUGUGGCCCAGCAGUUCCAGUAUGCCGUGCGUGUCAUUGGCAGCAACUUUGCCCCAACUGUUGAAAGAGAUGAAUUUCUAGUAGCUGAAAAAAUCAAGAAGGAACUGACCCGGCAGAGGCGAGAAGCGGACGCGGCGUUGUUCUCAGAGCUCCACAGGAAGCUGCACUCGCAGGGAGUUUUGAAAAACAAGUGGUCAAUUCUCUACCUCUUGCUUAGCCUCAGUGAAGACCCACGCAGGCAGCCCGGCAAGGUCUCUAGCUAUGCCACGCUGUUCGCUCAGGCGUUACCACGCGAUGCCCACUCCACGCCCUACUACUACGCCCGGCCUCAGACCUUGCCCCUGAACUACCAGGAGCGCAGCGCCCCAUCGGCCCAGAGCUCAGGCAGCCUGGGGAGCAGCGGCAUCAGCAGCAUCGGCGUGCACACCCUCAACGGCCCGACCCCGCCGCCCCCGUCCCUGCUGCCGGGACAGUCUCACCCGGGCCCGGGGACGGGCGACUGUCUCCGGCAGCAGCUGGGCGCCCGUCUGGCGUGGACAUUGACUGCAAGCCAGCCUUCCUUACAAACCACUACCUCCAAAGGCGUCCCCAGCGCGGCUUCCCGCAGUGUGACGCGGCCACGGAGAGACGGGGAUGCAGGCGGUGCCGUGGAGGUCACCGAGGCAGCCCUUGUCAGAGACAUCCUGUACGUCUUCCAGGGCAUAGACGGCAGGAACGUCAAGAUGAGCAGCACUGACAACUGUUACAAAGUGGAGGGAAAGGCAAACCUGAACAAAUCCUUGAGGGAUACGGCUAUGAGGCUGGCCGAGUUGGGGUGGCUGCACAAUAAAAUCAGAAAGUACACGGACCAGAGAAGCCUGGACCGCUCGUUUGGACUUGUUGGCCAGAGCUUCUGUGCGGCCUUGCACCAGGAACUCAAGGAGUACUACCGGUUACUCUCCGUUCUGCACUCCCAGCUGCAGUUGGAGGACGAUCAGGGUGUGAAUUUGGGCUUCGAGAGCAGCUUGACGCUCCGGCGCCUCCUGGUGUGGACCUACGACCCCAAGAUAAGACUGAAGACCCUGGCGGCCCUGGUGGACCACUGCCAAGGAAGGAAGGGAGGCGAGCUGGCCUCGGCCGUCCACGCCUACACCAAGACGGGGGACCCGUCCAUGCGGUCCCUGGUGCAGCACAUCCUCAGCCUGGUGUCACACCCCGUCCUGAGCUUCCUGUACCGCUGGAUCUACGACGGCGAGCUAGAGGACACACACCACGAGUUCUUCGUGGCGUCAGAUCCGACCGUGAAGACGGACCGGCUGUGGCAUGACAAGUACACGCUGCGCACGUCCAUGAUCCCGUCCUUCAUGACGAUGGACCAGUCCCGGAAGGUCCUUCUGAUAGGAAAGUCAAUCAACUUCCUGUACCAGGUGUGCCACGACCAGACGCCCCCUACAAAGAUGAUCGCCGUGCCCAGGUCUGCGGAGCCCCUGCAGGAUGCUGCAGAUUUAUUCACCGAUUUGGAAAAUGCGUUUCAGGGGAAAAUUGACGCAGCUUAUUUUGAGACCAGCAAGUACCUCCUGGACGUCCUGAACAGGAAGUACAGCCUGCUGGACCACAUGCAGGCCGUGCGUCGGUACCUGCUGCUCGGCCAGGGGGACUUCAUCCGGCACCUGAUGGACUUGCUCAAACCAGAGCUUGCCCGUCCAGCUACGACUCUGUACCAGCACAACUUGACUGGAAUUCUGGAGACCGCCGUCAGAGCCACCAACGCCCAGUUUGACAGCCCGGAGAUCCUCAAGCGACUGGACGUGAGGCUGCUGGAGGUCUCUCCGGGGGACACCGGCUGGGACGUGUUCAGCCUGGACUACCAUGUGGAUGGCCCCAUCGCCACGGUGUUCACGCGAGAGUGCAUGAGCCACUACCUGCGGGUGUUCAACUUCCUGUGGCGGGCCAAGCGCAUGGAGUACAUCCUCACGGACAUCCGGAAGGGGCACAUGUGCAACGCCAAGCUCCUGAGAAACUUGCCAGAGUUCUCUGGGGUGCUGCACCAUUGCCACAUCCUGGCGUCCGAGAUGGUCCACUUCAUCCACCAGAUGCAGUAUUACAUUACCUUUGAGGUGCUCGAGUGCUCCUGGGACGACUCCCUUGGGCCUGGGUGUCGGUUCCAGGUGCUCGAGUGCUCCUGGGACGAGCUGUGGAACCAGGUGCAGCAGGCGCAGGACCUGGACCACAUCAUCGCCGCGCACGAGGCCUUCCUGGGCACCGUCAUCUCCCGCUGCCUGCUGGACGCUGACUCCAGGGCUCUUCUCAACCAGCUGAGAGCCGUGUUUGACCAGAUCAUUGAGCUUCAGAGCACGCAGGAUGCCAUCUGCAGGGCCGCUCUGGAGGAGCUGCAGAGACGCCUGCAGUUUGAGGACAAGAAGAAGCAGCGGGAAGCUGAGGGCCAGUGGGGCGUGACGGCAGCAGAGGAGGAGCAAGAGAACCAGCGGGUCCGGGAGUUCCAGGAGUCCAUCCCAAAGAUGUGCUCCCAGCUGCGCAUCCUGACCCAUUUUUACCAGGGCGUGGUGCAGCAGUUCCUGGUGCUGCUGACGACCAGCCCCGACGAGAGCCUGCGCUUCCUGAGCUUCAGGCUGGACUUCAACGAGCACUACCGGGCGCGGGAGCCGAGGCUGCGUGUGUCCCUGGGCGCCCGGGGCCGGCGCAGCUCCCACACCUGAGGCCCAGCGCGGGGGCCACCACGGAAACGUCCCCGGGGCCUCCGGGACGCCGGCUCGGCCAGAGGCGGGGCGGGCCUGUAGACGUCGGAACUGACCGUGUUCGUGACGUCACUAAGUUAAACGGGCUGGCUUGCACUAUCCGAAUUUAUUUUUUAAAGUCUUCAUAUGUAAAAGAUACCAUACUUUGAGGCUCCUAAGCCCUCCACGAUAUAAUUCAUAUUUGUCACUUUUUAAAAGAUCACACUUUCUUUUAGAGAAAAUUAAGGCGAUGGAUAUUCAUCAGUUACGAUGGUAAUGUCAUUGCUAUUUUUUUAACAUCCUCUUUAGAGGCAAUUCUUGUUAAUAUAACCAAAUUAAAUUGAAAUCUAACGUCCCUACUAAGGAAAUAUAGAGAGCAUUUUAUUUUGGUUUUUAGUGUUGUAAAAUAUUAACGUCUCUAAGGACCUUUCUAUCAGUGUGUUUACACGUUUAUUCUUUUUUUCUCUCCUUCAAAGUUUACAUUUUUGUAUCUCAUUUACUCUCAGAUAACUUGGGAAAUAGUGUAGAAAAGGGCAGAGUCCUGAUGCCUCAGUUCUUUGAACCAUCAGCUGAAGCACCGUGUAAAUAUGGAUGCCUGGAAAGUUAACGAAGUUAUUUUAUUUUCAGGAUUCUGAUAAGCAUUGGAAAGAAAUUGUCUUGAAUAAUGAAGAUUUCCUUUUUCCUUGCCUAUUUUUUCAUUGUAAAUAUUUAUAUACUGCUGCCCAGAUGUUGGGGGGACAUUUUUUGUAAAAAUGUCAUAUCAAGUCACAUAAAUCUGCCUUUAUUAUGUUGCGUAUGUGAAAACUUAGACAAUUAAAAAGCAAUUAUCUUUCA